AUGGCCGCUAAGAUCGAUGCUCCCGCUGCUGCCCCUGCUCCCCAGCUCUCUGGGCUCCAGCUCUACUCCAGAUUCGCCUUCGCUGGUGCUGUCUGCUGCUCCAUCACCCACGGUGCUCUUACUCCCGUCGAUGUCGUCAAGACCCGUAUCCAGCUUGACCCCGUCACAUACAACCGUGGUAUGAUCGGUGGUUUCCGCCAGGUCAUUGCCAACGAGGGUGCUGGCGCUCUCCUUACUGGUUUCGGUCCUACCGCCGCCGGUUACUUCCUCCAGGGUGCUUUCAAGUUCGGUGGUUACGAGUUCUUCAAGCAGCAGUGGAUCAACCAGCUCGGUAUCGAGUCUGCCUCCAAGAACCGCACUGCUAUCUACCUUGCCUCCUCCGCUACCGCUGAAUUCUUCGCCGACAUUGCCCUCUGCCCUCUCGAGGCUACCCGUAUCCGUCUUGUUUCCCAGCCCGAGUUCGCCAGCGGUCUUCUGAGCGGUUUCUCCAAGAUCCUCAAGAACGAGGGUAUCGGUGCUUUCUACUCUGGUUUCGGUCCCAUUCUCUUCAAGCAGGUCCCUUACACCAUGGCCAAGUUCGUCGCUUUCGAGAAGUUCUCCGAGGCUAUCUACGGCGUUGUCGACAAGAACACCCUCUCUGACGCUGGCAAGACUGGUGUUAACCUUGGUUCCGGUCUCCUUGCUGGUUUCGCUGCUGCCAUCGUCUCCCAGCCCGCUGACACCAUGCUGAGCAAGAUCAACAAGACCCAGGGUCUCCCUGGUGAGGGUACCACCUCCCGCCUUAUCAAGAUCGCCAAGGAGCUUGGUCUUAAGGGCUCUUUCUCCGGUAUCGGUGCUCGUCUCUUCAUGAUUGGUACCAUCACUGCCGGUCAGUUCGCCAUCUACGGAGACAUCAAGCGCAUGCUCGGUGCCACCGGUGGUGUCGAGAUUGCUCCCUCCAAAUAG